AUGGAGCCCGUGUCACUCGCAUUUGGCGUUUUACCCGUUGUCGGGGAAGCAGUGAAAACCUGCAAAGUAGUUCGUAGAAAGCUCAAACUCUUUCGCCAUUAUUCCCGAGAGCUACGGCGAGUACAAAAACGAGUCGGUCGACAAUCGCGAGUCUUUUCUAACGAAAUACAUCUUCUCUUGAGACCUUCUUUGCAAGAUGAAGAUGUUGUUGAGGUGAUGCUAAAAGAUCAAGAUCAUCCUAAAUGGACGAGCCAAGAUCUUGAGGAUGGGAUGAGAAACAGCCUUGGAGACAACUACACCUCCUGCCGCGAGAUCAUUGAGGAUAUCGGCUCGACUCUAACAAGUCUUCAGUCCGUCUUUGACUGCUUCGAUCAAGCUUUGGAUCAAUGCGAUGAGAAUGAGCAUCCCAGAGAUGCAAUACGACGAUUACGAGAAGGAACAAAAAUCGCAUACAGCGAGUCAAAACUUGAACAAAACAUCAAAGACCUGAACCAAUCCCUAGAAGAACUGAAAAUUUUCCGGGAACAAACAGAACAACUCAACAAGCCGAUUGAUGCUGUUCCACCGCGGCGAACUAUUCGGAAGCAUACCAACCUCGAAUACAGCCAUAUAAGAAAAACUAGGGAAUCAUGCAAAGCAUUACACGAAGCCUUUACUAUCGCGUGGGCAAGAAACACGAGACAUGGGCUAAAUCAUGAGAUUCAACACACUGUGCGGCUGUUCCUUAACACAGAAGUUCAGACUGAUGUAUACAUGAAUGCUGUCAUUACUUGCAACAGCUGUCUGAACGAAAGAGCAAUCGAUGUAAGGAUACGGUCACAGAACCAUGACUCGAUACUGGGCCUCCCGACCCCCGCGAGCUCUGAAGCAUCCACAAGCUCCCAUGAUGGUCAACGAAAAAAAAGAAAAGUUCAAUUUGCUCAAGCAAGCCCACUACCAAACCCAGGUCGGCCGUGUUGUUUUGCAGAUAAUUCCGAAACAGUCGAUAUACCGCCCGACCUAUCUAUGGCCGACCUUUGCACAGCAUUAUACAAAGACCACAUUCUCCCCACAAACCAAACUGCCGAUAGCUAUUGUUUCGGAUACCUUGACGGGGACAUGGACGGGACCUUUCGUCACCAUAUCUAUUCGAAUCCAAACCUUACCAAUCGCCGAAAGGUCACAUCGAACACGUCUGCCAGUGCAUAUCCAACUUUGGUUCCCAUGAGCGAAGCACUGAACCAGCCGGCAGAGAAUUCUAUCUCUAUUAUAGAUCAGCUCAGGAUAGCUCGCGAAAUUGUAUCCGCUGUUUUGAAGCUUCACUCAUCGCUGUGGCUAAAUAAAUACUUCAAUCUAUAUGAUUUGAUGUUUUAUGAUACUGACGGGCUCCUCACCACAAGUCUGAAGACUGUACACAUCGCAUCAGAAUUUACUCAGGCGACUCUUGACGGACAACACGUAACAAAUACAAACAUUCCCUCUCCUCUUGACGCAGACGAUAUUCUUGAAGAGGCCAAGCUCUUGUAUGGUGUCAGAAACCUAACUCUCUGGAGCUUGGGGACAAUCCUGCUACAAAUAGGGCGGUGGUCAGCAUUGCAAUGUUCAGAAGACGUCGUUGCCAUUCGAAAGCUAUCUUCACAAGUAACGAGUUUGGGGCCAAGGUAUCGGGAUUUAACGAGGAAAUGCUUGAACUGUGAUUUUGGGUAUGGCGACGAUCUUACCAAGCCCCGUCUACAGCAAGCCGUAUAUGAGGGACUUGUCUGUGAAUUAAGUGAGAUGAUUUCUAGUCUAGAUGUUGCGGAGGACUGA